ACAGUUCCGAUGAAGAAUUUAGUUUUGGUUUUAAAGAUUUUUUGUUUACCUAUUUGGUGGUUAUCUAUACAUAGAUCUCAAUCUGGCAACGAUGCUUCUCAUAUAGAUCAUUAGCAAUAUGCGAUUAUAAUGAAUAAUACCUUGCUCGUGUUUUGGUUCGAGAUUUUAGAUGAACUAUAGCUCGUGUUGUUAAAUUUAACGUUACCUACUUUUAAAUUAAUUUAUCGCAUUAUAGUCUAUAGAUAUUGACUUAUCAGUUCAUUCUAUUGACUCAUUCAUGCAUUUAAAUUAACUCGAGCAUUUUGUUCAUUUUGUCAUUAUUACCUACAUACGUAAAAACCGUCGUGUACUUUGCGCUUUCCGUCGUCGUGUUUAUCUCUGCAGGUUUUUAUAUUUGCGAAUUAUUUUCGACGAAUUCCAAAAUGGGUUUUUUCAACAAGAUGUAUUAUUGUUCGUGUUUGUUGUUCUUCUCAUUUUUCAUGGUGUUUUCCAACGUUGAUUCCGCUUCAGUACACAAACGCGGUCUGCAGCUCCCUACAAACAUCAACUUAGACCUCAAACUUGGCAAAGGAUCCGCAGCCAAAAACGCCGAAGCACCUCCUCCCACCGACGGUUCCCAUAAAACAGUAAUAAAUGCACCUUUCGGCCUAGCAUCGUUGACCAUCACCACCAGUAAUAAUAAUAAAAAACCAUCGUCAUCGUCUUCGUCUUCGUCUGCCAUCAAAGAACCUGGUAAGCCUUGCAAUACGGACUCUGAAUACAUCGAGACCAACGAUAAUAAGAAACCCUUAAAUAUCGGUGGUUCGAGUGGCACAUUAGGAGGUCAAGGAGGCGCGUUUUUCGGACCACCGCAUAUGCGACCCCAUUCAGAGUUUGGACCCCCUCCACCACCACCGCAUGACUAUCACCAUCAUCCUCAUCCAGACUCUCAUUACCCUCCACCUCCAUCUUCUCAUCAUUUCCAUCACCAUCCUCCACCUCCUCCUCCACAUCACUCUCAUCAUCAUCACCCUGACUGUCACCACGGUGAGGGUGAAUUUUUCCCCUCGUUUACUAGCAGUACUGAAAUUCCAUUCGUUCCAGAGGUUAAACCGGAUCCGAAAAUCACCACCGUUGCUCCGCCGAAAGAAAAAAUUCCAGAGGUUACGAGUGCCGCUUCGAGUACUACCCAGAAUGUUGAUUUAUUGAUUGAUGAGAUAUUUAGUGGAUCGAAUUCGAAUUCGGCUGGUUCGACGACGACAACUAGAAGCAAUAUUGAUGCGAAUAAUGCGGAGCAGACUGGCGAAGGUGUAUUGGAUAUCAGAAUGCCAACGCCAGCACCGUCGAAACCGAAACGUUCGCGUUCGUGAUGAUUUGAUGUGCUAAUUAGUUGAUAACGUACUCUUGUAAAUACCUAGCUUUAUUCGAGUGCAUGUAUGAAAUACGAUCAUACGAUUCAUACGUUCAUCAACUUUCGUGUUCUUUGACUAUAAUGCCACAAUAUGUUAACGUAUGAUUUAAAAAAUUUUAUUACAACUUGUUAGAAUCAGAAAUACCUAUUAUAUGUACAUCUUUGUUCGUAAAAUACAUGUACGGUGUGUGAGUUGAGUACCUAUUACCACUGCCUACUCCAUUCAAAAUUUUUAAUGCCAUGUUCAUAGUGGAUAAUUAGAUGAAAAAAAUUUAGCGUAGAUUCCUAACUUUAUGUUUAUACAUUUUAUAUUUAUACUCGAUGACCUAAAAUUACUGCUGAUUUUAGAUUUUUAAACACAGAAAGCCCCAAGUUGUUUAAUUUUAUCCUUACCUACUUGAUAUCGUAAUUUUUUGAAUGAAUGACAUGUUGACAUUCCUAUACUUACUUCAUGUUUGUAUGAAAAUCGAUGUACAAAAAACAUGAAUGUAUUUGUUAGUACGUAGGUAAUUAAUAUUUAAUAAUGUACUUGUAACCAUGUUGAAUUGAAUGACGACUGGUGAGACAUUGCAGUUUUGUAUUUGAAAGCAAUAAAUUUAAUAUGUGCCAUAA